UAAGCAUUUACAUACAACAAUAGUGAUUAAUCAAUUACAGUUCUGAAUUCCAAUAAUUGAAAAUUACAAACAUCAAUACUCUACCGGAUAAUUCAUUUAUAGGAAAUGAUUGAGAAAGUUUUAAUUAUGAAAAGUAGUGAUGGGAACUCUGAAUUAGUUACUUGUCCGAUUAUUAUUAUUAUCAAGAAGUGAUAUAUGCAUCCCGUUGUACUUAUAGAUUAAAAGACAAAGAAACUACAAUGACAAGAAUUCUUACUUAAUGUCCUGAUUUUUCAUGAUUUUUAAAUACGUUUGAUCACUGACAACAUUACCAUGUGUUUUUUUCUGUUUAGAACGUAUACUAGAAGAUUGCAAAAGGACAAACUACUCUAUUUUCACAAGUCUUGCAUCAUUGAAUAACAAAAAUGUCUACAAAUCAUGAUGUUUAUAAGCCAUCAUCAAUAUUAUCAACUGAGUCAAUAGAUUUGAAAAUGCAAAAUCACGAAACUAAUUGGUCAACACUAAAUAAUCAUGACUAUACAUGGACAUCUAGUUGUAACACUUCUAUUAUAUCUGAUACAAGCAGUAAUUAUACAACAGAAUAUUACAAACCAAUUUCAUCUAAUACAAAUAAUUUGUGUCCAAUCUCAAUUCAUGAUCAAUCUAGUUCAUCACUAAGUGAAUACUUAUAUAAUGGUUCAAAUAUAUUUCAAUCAUUAAAAACUAUUAAUACAUAUAACAACACAACUAGUGAUCCACUUGACUAUUCUAUACAUUCUUCAAUGGAUAAUCUCAAAGAUCCUAUAAUGACAUUCAAUCGAUCACAUAUACAGUUACAAUCAAAUUAUAUUCAUUCUUCAAUUAACCAACAAAAUCAAGAUAAUUCUCAAUCAUCCUUUCUUUUGAAGAAUACAACAACUUCAAUAGAUUCUCCUAUGAAUACAAUAAUUAAUAAUGGACAAUUAUUAAAACGUAAAUAUUCUAAAAAUAUUUCAAAUUUAUCUAGAAAAUAUAAUGGGAAACAAUUAAAAACAGAAAAUAUAAAAAAUAUUGAUUUAAAUCAUUCUAUAAUUAGUAACUCUGAUAACAGUAAUGAUAAUAAUAAUAAUAUUAGUAAUAAUAAUAGUAAUGAUAAUAAUAGUAAUAGUAAUAAUAAUAAUUGUAAUGUUAUUACUCAAUUUAAUAAUAAUAAUCAAUUAAUUACAAAUGGUAUCUCUAAGGAAAAUUAUUUAUUUACUAAAAAUAAAUAUAAAAAAACUAAUUCAAUAACAAGAAAAAAAUCAAAAAUCAAUAAAAAUAUUCAAAUCAAUAAUCAUGAAAUAAUCAAUAAUAUAUCAACAAUAAUUACUACAAUAGAUUAUUCAAUAUCUAAUAAUAUUAUAAAUGAAAAUAAUAAUGAGAAUAAAAUUUAUACUACUGAUACUACUACUACUAGUACUACUAGUACUACUACUACUACUACUACUACUACUAAUAAUAAUAAUAAUAAUGUAAUAAAAAAAACUACUGAUUGUCGUGCAGCUUAUAAAUAUUUAACAUGGCGUGAAAAAGAUCGUAGACGAAGAUUUCGUGAAGAAUGGAAACAUUUAUGGCUUGUUAUACCAUAUGGACUUUAUGAAGUGAUGUGUCUUGUUUGUCAUAAAGUGAUGACUCAAAGAAAAGUGGAUACUAUCAAGCGUCAUACUGUCCGACGACAUGUGGAAUUGAUAGGAAUGUCUGAAUCUGAGAGGGAAAAAUUAUUUAAUCAAUUAAUUAAACAGUAUACUAUGCUUGGAGUCGCUAACUACAAUUCUUCUACCGAUAUACCUAAUAUCUUGCACCGGAAAUCAGAUUGUCUUUAUCAAACUGACCCUACAAAAAACUGUGAUGAAAGUUCAAAUGUGAAAGCAUCGAGUGAAAUUUUGAUAAAUGAUUUCAAUAAUACCAAUAAAUGCCUACUUGAACAGCAUUCAAUUAUGAAUCGUUUAAAAAAUAUCGAUACGAAAAAUGACAGCUUAAUGAAUAGAGAGUCAGAUUUUCAACAUCCAUUGGCUAAACAGGAUAAACAGUUAGAUCGUAAGCUUUAUCAGACAACGAAAAUGACUCCAAGAUACUCUCGGAACUCUUGUUCCAAAAAAUACAGAACCUUACCGGAAGUGAAACAAGAUAGAAGCUUUACUGAAGAUUUAAAAGGUUUAUCAAAACAUAUGCCUGAAGAUUGGGAUGAUCCCUCAAUAUUUGAGAAGUCGUUUCCUUUACAAAAUUCUCCUACAGAUACACCUAGACAUUAUUGUAAUAGAUUAGAAUAUCCCCAUAAUGAAGAUAGAUUCUACAUUGGAACAUUAGGUUCAAAAGUGAUGCCUUCAAGCACUAAUUCAAUGAUGCCUUCAUUUUCACCAUUUUCUACAGUUGUCCCAAUAUCUAAAUGUUCUUCGUGUAUACAUCCUUCUAAGUCAGAAAAUUUUCAUAAUUUCUUGAAAUCUUAUGUCUCAAUGAACUCCCUCUUGUCAUCAUCAAACAUGCCAACUUCGUCAAUAUCUUCAUUAUUAAUGCCACAAAUAUUUUCCACAUUAAACAAUUCAAAUAAGUUAUCAACCAGUAUGAAAUCAACUUCAAGUUUAUAUACCAAUAAUGACAUUAGCUGUCACACUGGAAGUGGCAAUAGAGAUAAUAAUAACAAUAGUACUUCAGCUAAUGAAUCGCAUCAAAAUUAUCGAUUGAGUUCUACGGAAAAACAGACAACAAUAAAUGAUUACCGUAAAAGAUCAAAUCAGUUAUUAGACUCUUCAAUAAAUACACAAAUGAGUCUCACAAAUGAUAUAUUAACUAAUAAUAUUAAGAAUAUAAAAGUUCCAUAUAUACAACAAUUCUCAACUCAAAAUAUUAACGAAGAUUCUCACUACAAAUCGGUACACUCACCAAAUUUACGAAUUUCUCCUAAUUCAAGUAUUCUAGGAUCUCUGCCAUUUAUGAUGUCCACUUUUAUGACAGAUCUCUUAAAACACGAAACAGAUGAUGAAAUACUUCCAGGAAUGCAAGAAUCUACACUAAAUACUUUGGUAAACAAGAGAAACUCUGUACAUAUGUCUAAUCCAGAACUUUUUAAUGACUGCCCUAUUGAUCAUAAAACUUCAGAUAGGAAAACCAACUUUAUUUCAAGAAAGGAAGAACAAGUAGUCAACCCAUCAGGAACAAAGUCAAACUCUAAGAGUAAAUCAAAUUCAAGUUCUAAACAAUUCACCAUUUCAUCUUUACUGGAUAACGAAAGCUUGUCUUCAGAAAAUAGGACAUCAUCGGCAAAACAUCAUGAUGAGCUAAUUCCUGAUAUUCAAAAGAAAGAUACAGUAUUACAAGGGUAUAACUAUCAUAAUUGUUCCGCUCAAAAUCCACAAGCUAAACGGAAAAUAGAACAACUUCCAAUCCCAUGCGUUCAUUGUAAUUCGGAAUCCGCAAAUAAUUGUAAUGAUGAAGCAAGUGAACAAUUUGUAUCCAAUGUAACAAGUGGAGAUAAUUUAUUCAGGAGCAACACUGACUCAAUAGACAUAUCAAUAGCAAAACAAAUAGAUGCAUUCAGAGAAAGACAGUCCGCUUUUUCAAGUCCUACAGGACUGCCUAAUGUUUCAGUUAAUCGUAAAUUAUUGGAGCAUUAUACUAGUAUACCUGAAUUAUAUCAAUCAUAUACUGACAUUUUUCAUUUGAUAUACUGUUUAAAAAAUCAAAUACCAAUUAAUUGUUUGUCAAAUUCCAAUACUUUCCACAAUCAAAAUUCGGGAGCCCUUGAAACCUAUAUGAAGUCAUAUUAUCUUGAACUGCUACGACAUCAAUAUGAUGUACCAAGUACAGAUCUUUCCACUCAUAGGAUACCAACAACAUUAUGCUCUUCUAUACAUAAAGAAAAUGAACUAGUCAAUUUUAAGAAAUGUACAAAUGAACUUCAAAAGUCAUCUAUUAUUGAUUAAUUAAUUAAUUAAUUAAUUAAUUAAUUAAUAUCAAGUGGAACACAAUAAAGAGAUCGAACACUUUACAACAAAUGAAAUACAGAAUGAUCAAAUGUAAAAGUUAAAAGGAAGUAAUCUAAAAAGGAAAAAAAAAAUAAGAAUGUCAUUCAUGAAUUAUGAAGAUAUCAAAUAAGAAGAAAGACAAAUUGAUGUUGAACAUGUCAAUUAACAAUAAAUAUAUUUCUUUGUUAUAUCUUAAUGAAUAUAAGAAGUUGUGUAUCUUUAAGUUUCAUGACUUAAUGUAACCUACUUCUUCAAAGUGACUAGGGAACUAAAAUUAAAUGAAUACAAGUUAAAAAAAAAGAAGUGCUAAACGAAAUAUUCUGUAUUGUUUCUUUAAUACUAUUUAAACUUGUAUUAAUUUCUAACAGUUAUUUGUUUACUCUGAAGAAGUCGUUUAAAUGAAGUCAUGAAACACCAGAACACACAAUUUUUGGUACUUAUUAGAAUGUAGCAAAUAUAUAUAUAUAUAUCUAAUUCUUAUUAAUUUUCUACUUAAUGCUCAAUUAAUUUAAAACUAACUUGAUAUUGAUACCUAUUACUAAUUAACUUUUAAGUAGUCUAAUUUGUAUACAUUAGUUCUAUAGGGAGAUUUGUUAAGUUAUGUUAUUAUUUAUUAUAAUUUUCUACAAUUCAAAUAGAAAUAAAAAGGUGGAUGAUAUAAACAAUCUGUGAUUUGACUAUUUAUGUACAAUUUUUUUUCUAACAAACAUACAAACAAACAAACAAGGAAAGGAAAACUAAUUCGAUUUCUUUAAAUAAUUUCUCUUUUUCUUUUGUUUUCUAAAUUGUAAUUCCAUGACGUAACAAUAUUUGGAUUAUAGUGAUUUCAAAUAAUAGAUUAUAUAUACCUACUUACUUACUUACUUACUUACU